AUGUUGAGGGUUGCAUCCAAGAGGCUUUCAUCUCUCUCAUGGAGAGCCAACCACGCCGCAUCCGCUUUCGUCUCUAAGAACCCCAUCGCACCGCCUUCUUCCGAUGAACGCAGAUCUGAUCCCUUUUCGAUCCAUUCCGAAUUCUUUCUUCCCUUCAGAGGUUUUGCUAGUGAAUCACUAAUCCAUGCAAAAGAAAACAGCAUUCUUCCUGAAAUCCCCGCAACUGUUACCGCUGUUAAAAAUCCAUCUUCUAAGAUUGUAUAUGAUGAGCACAACCAUGAACGAUUUCCUCCUGGUGACCCAAGCAAGAGAGCAUUUGCAUACUUUGUCCUAACUGGUGGAAGGUUUGCUUAUGCUUCUGUGAUCCGUCUUCUUGUCCUCAAGCUUGUCCUCAGCAUGUCUGCAAGUAAGGAUGUUCUUGCUAUGGCUUCACUUGAAGUUGAUCUCUCCAGCAUUGAGCCCGGCACUACUGUCACUGUUAAGUGGCGUGGAAAGCCAGUUUUCAUCAGGCGCAGAACCGAUGACGAUGUGCAGUUGGCAAACAGUGUUGAUAUUGGAUCUCUUCGCGACCCUCAGCAAGAUGCCGACAGAGUCAAGAACCCAGAAUGGCUUGUUGUGAUUGGUGUUUGCACACAUCUUGGUUGCAUUCCCUUGCCAAAUGCCGGAGACUAUGGUGGGUGGUUUUGCCCAUGCCAUGGAUCACAUUAUGAUAUUUCUGGCAGAAUUAGGAAGGGACCUGCACCAUACAAUCUGGAGGUACCAACUUAUUCAUUCUUGGAGGAAAAUAAGUUGCUGAUCGGUUAA